AUGAGUAACAAGGGACAAGAAGCUAUGAAGAAGGCAUUGCAGAACGCGAGAGGUGCUGGUGCAGGUAUAGGACUUAUUGCUGCUGCGGGAGCUGCUGUGUAUGGAAUAUCGCAGGCAAUGUUCACUGUGGAUGCCGGACACCGUGCCAUUAUGUUCAAUCGUAUUGGUGGACUUUCCAAUGAUAUCUACAAAGAAGGGUUGCACUUUAGGAUUCCAUGGUUUCAAUAUCCUAUCGUAUACGAUAUCCGUGCUCGGCCAAAUCAGAUACGCUCACCUACCGGUAGCAAAGACCUACAGAUGGUUAACAUUGGUCUACGUGUUUUGUCUCGUCCUAAUCCCGACCAGUUAGUUAGAAUUUACCGAACUCUUGGUCAAAACUGGGAAGAGCGAGUAUUACCGUCGAUUUGCAAUGAGGUUCUUAAAAGUGUUGUGGCAAAAUUCAAUGCAUCGCAGCUUAUCACUCAACGUCAGCAGGUCUCGAUGCUAGUACGGAAAGCUCUGAUAGAACGAGCACUGGACUUCAAUAUUAUACUUGAUGAUGUCUCACUCACUGAGUUAGCGUUCUCACCUCAAUAUUCCGCAGCUGUGGAAGCGAAACAAGUGGCAGCACAAGAAGCUCAGCGUGCUUCUUUCCUUGUGGAACGAGCUAAACAGCAACGUCAGGAAAAGAUUGUUCAAGCGGAAGGAGAAGCUGCAUCUGCGAAAUUGUUGGGAGAGGCAAUGAAAUCCGAUCCUGGUUUCUUAAAGCUACGAAAAAUUCGGGCUGCGCAAACUAUUGCACGUCUCGUGUCGGAGUCAAAUAGCAAUAAGGUGUAUUUACCUGCUGGUGGCCUCAUGUUAAACAUUGCUGACGCGGAUUACAUGGAUAUAAACGAUGGAAAGAAGAAACGAUAA